CUUUCACGUUAGUUAAGAAGUAAUAGCACAACACUAUCCGUCGUAAAGCCGAGGAAAUAGCUCUAAACAACUGCAAGUUGAGAAUGGAGCCUCUGGAUCCUGCCACGAAUGAUGAAGGCAGUGGAUUCUCUAAGCGACGCAUUUCUUCGAUUUUAAAAGCACCAAGGAGAUCCGUCCGAUUUCCUGAGCCCCAGCAACAGGAACAUGUGGUGGAGUGUGCCAAACCAGUGGAAAAGAGGAUUUCAAGAAGAGUCAGUUUUGCCGAGGCCAACGACGUUCUUUUUUUCUCAAAGGAUGUCAAAAGUGCCUCUCCUGCCCAAAGUCCUUUACAAGGGUUAAUAACAACAACAGUGACAGCCACACAGAAUGGGGUCCAGGUGGAGAUCACUGAAGAUGGGAUUCAACAAAUUAUGGGAAUGGAAACCCUGUUGAAUGCUCCUCUACAUGCCUCUCAACAAAAGGAAACGGCCAACUUUGACACUGGGCAUGACUUUGGGGAGAAAACUGUGAUGUUUUCUCCAAAUGAUGCAUCCAUGGACAUGACCCACAGUCGCACUAUAAACAUUGCAGAUGAUGCCGACAUUUCCCUCCAAAAGUUUGACUCUUUGACCACCAUGGAUAUCACCCGAAGUCGUAAUGGGAACAUUGGCUCAGUAUCACUGCCCAAUAGCAGAAAUAUGGAUCUAAGAGUAGAGAAGAGCAAUGUAUCGUCAUCAGCACUUACUUUGGAUCCCGGAUUUGAAAACUUUCUGGCAAGUCUCUAUAAACCGAGUGAACCCAGCGUUAAUCCUGUGAUCGCCACGAUGACGCCCGCUGCAUCGACUGAAAGAACAAACGUCUCCGUGGCCCAGCUUAAAACACAAAGGGCUGAUGUGGGCAAAGAAAACCAGGCUCCAACUUCUGUUCCAGCUGUGAUGGAGAAGUCACUCGGUACAUCCAGGAAGAUUGACGAAUUAUCUUAUGGAAAUGCACUCUGUCCUGAAGAUGAUUCAAGAAUGGAUAUGACUGAAGCUCAGACAGGUCGUAUUCUGGGAUGCAGUGAUGACGAUGAUCCCUUUCAGUGUCUUUUCCCCACACAAGAAAUGUACUCCCGGCUUGACAGCAGAGUGUCACAGACCAAAGAGAAGACCACACCGCAGCAGAUCAGUAAACCACAGGCAUCAUUAAACCCUCAAGAUAUGCCAUUCUUGAAGAAUCCAUCUCUAAAGGAUUUUAAUCAAAGACACAAGGACAAUCUUGAUACAGCAGACGAAUGCAGAGAGAAAACAAUAAUGUUCACUGCAGGUGAUGAGAUGGUGGAUAUGACCCAGAGUCACAUGGCCAACUUUGAUACUGGGCAUGACUUUGGGGAGAAAACUGUGAUGUUUUCUACAAAUGAUGCAUCCAUGGACAUGACCCACAGUCGCACUAUAAACAUUGCAGAUGAUGCCGACAUUUCCCUCCAAAAGUUUGACUCUUUGACCACCAUGGAUAUCACCCGAAGUCGUAAUGGGAACAUUGGCUCAGUAUCACUGCCCAAUAGCAGAAAUAUGGAUCUAAGAGUAGAGAAGAGCAACGUAUCGUCAUCAGCACUUACUUUGGAUCCCGGAUUUGAAAACUUUCUGGCAGGUCUCUAUAAACCGAGUGAACCCAGCGUUAAUCCUGUGAUCGCCACGAUGACGCCCGCUGCAUCGACUGAAAGAACAAAUGUCUCCGUGGCCCAGCUUAAAACACAAAGGGCUGAUGUGGGCAAAGAAAACCAGGCUCCAACUUCUGUUCCAGCUGUGAUGGAGAAGUCACUCGGUACAUCCAGGAAGAUUGACGAAUUAUCUUAUGGAAAUGCACUCUGUCCUGAAGAUGAUUCAAGAAUGGAUAUGACUGAAGCUCAGACAGGUCGUAUUCUGGGAUGCAGUGAUGACGAUGAUCCCUUUCAGUGUCUUUUCCCCACACAAGAAAUGUACUCCCGGCUUGACAGCAGAGUGUCACAGACCAAAGAGAAGACCACACCGCAGCAGAUCAGUAAACCACAGGCAUCAUUAAACCCUCAAGAUAUGCCAUUCUUGAAGAAUCCAUCUCUAAAGGAUUUUAAUCAAAGACACAAGGACAAUCUUGAUACAGCAGACGAAUGCAGAGAGAAAACAAUAAUGUUCACUGCAGGUGAUGAGAUGGUGGAUAUGACCCAGAGUCACACGGUGAACAUCGGUUUAUUUGCUCCUUCAGACCAAGACGUGGACGCUUUUGUCACUCGUGGAAAAAUGGACUAUGCUUCAUCUCUAGAGGAGAGAAAACGUGACACUCUUGGUACGCCUGGCCUGUCAGCUAACAGUUUGAAUCUUGGAUUUAAAAACUUCCUUUCAAGUUUCUCUACACCCGGUGCCCCCAGUGGCCGUCCUGCGAUUGCACAAAUGGUUCCUUCGACUGCGGCGUCUUCUCGGGAAACCGUUGACACUAACGGCUCCCUGUCGCAGCUGAAAAGUACUGUUGGAAAAGAAAAUCCGUCACUAAUUACAACCAGGGUUUCUGGAGAAUCUUUUAAUGAAAGUACAAUCUGUCCUGAUAAUGAUGCCAACAUGGAUUUGACUGAAGCUCAGACAGGUCGCAUUACAGGACUCACUGGCUCAGAUGAGCCUUUCCCGUUUGCUUUCUCCACAAAAGACAUGAAACCCAAAGAAAGUCUGAAGAAACAAGAGAUUACUUCACGACGGCAGCACAAUGCAUCACUGGGAUCAUCUACCCUCAAAGCUAUGGAUACAUCAUUGACUGCUUUUUUAAAGAAAAAGGUGCAAAAACAUCAGGUCAAUUUUGAUAAUGAAGACGACUGCAGAGAGAAAACAGUGAGGUUCUCAGCUGAUGACGCCUGUAUCGAGGUGACAAGAAGUCACACGGUCAACAUAGACACAGAUUUACCACCGCAGUCUCCCCAAAAUGUGGACUUUUUACCUGCUUGUGGAGAGAAAACAGUGAGGUUCUCUGCUGACGACGCCUGUAUUGAGAUGACAAGAAGUCACACGGUCAACAUAGACACAGAUUUACCACCGCAGUCUCCCCAAAAUGUGGACUUUUUAUCCGCUUAUGGAGAGAGAACAGUGAGGUUCUCAGCUGACGACGCCUGUAUUGAGAUGACAAGAAGUCACACAGUCAACAUAGACAUAGAUUUACAACCGCAGUCUCCCCAAAAUGUGGACUUUUUACCUGCUUAUGGAGAGAGAACAGUGAGGUUCUCUGCUGACGACGCCUGUAUUGAUGCGACAAGAAGUCACACGGCAGACAUAUAUUUUCAACUGCAGUCUCCCCAAAAUGUGGGGACUUUACCUGCUUGUGGAGAGACAACGGUGAGGUUCACUGGAACAGAUGCAGCUAUGGACGAGACCGAGAACCUCACUGUACAGUUCGACCACAAGUCUGCAUCAGAGCGCCAAGAUUCGGACAUUUUAUCCAGCCAUGAAAACAUGAAUCUUCCUCUCUCAGCGGAGAAGACCCAUCUUCAGCGGAGAGACCGAUCUUUAUCAGCAGAUGCUUUGGACCAAGGAUUUAAACCCCCCCUAAAUGAGACAAGUGGCCCCGUGGCUAACCCUGUGAUCACCAGAGCAGCGGCUCUUACUGCACUGUCCCCUCAAAAAACUGAAGACACAAAUGGCUUCCCGCACCAAGUGAAAACACAGAAGCCCGAUGUGGAUACUGAAAAGCAAGCUCCAGCUUUAGUUUACUCUGCUGUGAAGAAGCCAAUACAUAAAACCAUGAUGGAAGAUCCAGAGCACGAUGUAAGCAUGGCAAUGAAUGAAACUCAGACAUGCUGCAUUUUGGGACAAACGGAUGAGCCACCUCAAUGCCCCUCUUCCACACAGGACUUGAGCCCCAAUUCAGACCAUUUAACAAAAACCGAGGUCACUUCCCAGUUAAGCAGUGAAGCACUGGCAUCAUCCAACCUUCCUGAUUCUCUUCACUCAAAGGAAACUAUCACCGGGUGCGAACCAACAAAUCAAACUUGUACUUUAUCUGAGGAGAUGGAGAAUUCACCCGGUGCCGUCAAACAUGAUGUUGAAGCAGCGCCUUCACGGAAGUCUCGGCGAAUUAGUUUGGCCGAUCUCCAAUCAAAAGUAAGACGUUUGAGCCACAUCAUUAAUACCGCUCCUGUCGCCAUGGAGGCCUGCACAGCACCUCUGCCUCGCCUGCGACACGACAUGGACGAUGACUCAAAAGAUGAAAUCGAAUGCCCACCGGUACCGGAGCCUGAACUUGAAAUGGGUUUGGUGAACAUGGAAGAAAAAACACACGAUCAAAGUCUUAUGCAAGGAGAACUGCCCUGUACUGCUACUACCUUUCCAACUCCUUUCAACCUGAAGACUAAACAACUUAUGUCGAGACUCUCAGUGGGAAGCUUCAAGGCAAAACUCCCUCAAAGAGGCAAAGAUCCGAAGAAGCAGAAUUCUGUGGGAGAACAUACAAGGACAGCUACUGUCAAUGUUGCGAAUAAACUGAGCAGCUUUGACGAUGAUCUGAGCAAUAUCUAUAACGAAGAGCUUGGAAGCUACGAAGAUGUGUCAGAAACGCUGGACAUGAGUCCUCAGAGAGCCGCUGGAAAAGGGUUCCACGUGGAUGAGCUGUUAGAGGACACUGUAUUUACAGAGGAGUCUCCUAGUUCUGUCCAUGGGAAGAGGAGAUCUUUGCCAGUUGAUGAAAACAACAUGGAGGAUGAAAAGAGUAUGAAAACAUCUACUGAGGCGCCCACUGACGCUGAGACGUCUCAUGCUGCGGAGGCUCUACAGACUACACAGAGCACAGAUUACUCCAACAGCAUUCACACAGGCAGCGUCAGAUGUGAAGCUUCAUUUGAAUCAACUUUCAAACAAAGCCUGUUUGAAUCCCAGCUUGAAGACUACACCAAUGAUUUACAGAGGAAACUCGGUGAUGGCAACAUUACAGUGUCGGAGUUCUUUAAACUCGUCAACAUAGACUUUGUCAUCCAUAAUCCUCGGCAAAGCAUCCUUCCUGGCAGACUUUUAUCAGACACAGAUUCCACACCAAUGGAUUUAUUGAAGGACAGACACAUCUACCUUCCUAAACAGAUGGUGUAUGAGACAGACAUCCUAAACCUCACAGAAAAGGUGGAGGGGUUGAAGUGGCGAAUGCGAGACCUGGACAAACCACUGAAGAUUGUGAAUAGAGCUUUGUGGGAAGAAGUGAGAAAUUUUUCAGAGAAAGAGCUCAAAUCGUUUGGUGCAAAACUAAAAGAGAGAAAUAACCUCUUCAGAAAGUUGAGCAAAGUUCAGUCCCAUGAAAUGAAGGAGGUGUUGUUCUCCAAUAUUUUGCAGGCUAGUCUGGAGGCGCAGCAGAGGUCGAGAGCAACGAUUGAGGAAGCAGAUGAGAUGCUAAAAAGUUUGGAUGACUGUAUUCAUGACUUAGAAACCGAACUUACUGCCGUUGAAGAAAAGGGUUUCGAAGACAAACCAAGUCUGAAAUCCCGUCAGGAAGAAAUGCAGAAAGUCGCUGAGGCUUUGGCGGAUAAUGAACAGCAAAUAGCCAAACUGGAGACGCAGAAGAAGCAGAAUUCAAAUAAACUGAACAGACUAAAAGCUGAGACGAGGAAGUUUGAGAGCCAGGUGGACGUGCUGCAUAGGGUGAAUGAAUGGAAGUUUGCAGAGAAGACGGACAACUGCACCACCUACACGUUCCUUCAUGAGACCGUGCACCUGGAGCUGGUCUAUGAGGAAUCCUGUGGAAAUGAUGCUGAUGAUCAGUCUGAGAGGAAAAUAUUCCACCUCGCAUUCAAACUUCAAUUUGACGGUGAGAAGUCCCGGGGUCAUGCCUGCCUCGUUCACGCACUGCUCUCCGAGUACAUCGAGGGAGAAAGUGACUGGCUGGGGAAGUAUCCAACCAGCAGACAUGUUCCAAUGCUGCUCCACGACGUCGGCCUGGUGGUGAGUCGCUGCCGUCUGCUGGGAGAGGAGCUGCGCCUGCUGCAGCUGUGGGGGGGUCUACGCCUCGAUAUUCUCCACAUCAGCUGCGUGGACACUCGAGUGCACAUCGUCUUCAGCCGUCUCAAGACAUUCUCCAAGUUUGAAGUGAUCUUCUCCGUCAGUUUGGUCGACCGCCUCUGUGUCCUUCAAGUGCAGAGCUUCAAAAGCGUGACUGGCAACACAACGAUCCAGCAGAUUGAGGAAAUUGUGGCGUCGUUCAGUCCAGCCAAGAACGUCCUGACCAAGAUCAUCAAAAGCAUUCAUGAAAAUCUGCUCUGUUGAGACCAGCAUUUGUUCCAAUUCUUUCUCAAACUCUUUUGUACAGUAUAGAUGUUGAAUAAUUAAAGCUUCAAAAUGUG